CUCGUGAUGCACCUCCAAAGUGCCUUGUUUGGCGGCGUGUAUGAAGCGAAAGGUCGAUCGACCGGAAAGGACUUUGCCAUUAAGGUGCUUCACAAGAGCGAACUGCAGAAGGUCGAGGAGAACAACUCCAUCGAAUUCUGUGAAGUCCCCUUGAGCGAGAUCAAAUUCGCAGAUGUGAUGCGUGGCCAUGAGCAUGUCAUGGAGGUAGAGGAGCACUUCGAUGAUCAGUAUUGCCACUACUGUGUCUUCGAGCUCUGCAAAGGCGGCGACCUGUUAGAGGCCUUGAAACAGAAGCCCAUGGGAUUUGAUGAGCGCCAUGCGCAGUUUCUCAUUCGACAGGCUGCGUUGGGCCUCACCUACCUCCACGACAGAGGUGUGGCGAUGCAGGACGUGUCGUUGGAGAACAUGCUGCUGAACGUCAAUCCCAGCAAUGGCAAUUGGCAGGUGAAGAUCUGCGAUCCUGGUCAGGCAGCGCAUUUCCAGACGGACUCGAAGGGACAGGAAGUUCCAGUGAAUUUCCAUGGCUUAGUCGGCAAGUCGUUUCGACCACCCGAACUUCAUGAGCACAAGUCCUACUUGGCCACAAAGGUGGAUUCUUGGUGCCUAGGUUGGAGUACCUUCUACCUGCUCACCGCGCAGCCUUUGUUUAUGAGCGCUGACCCUGCUCAGAAGGAUGUGGAUUGGACGCUUUUCAGGAGCGGAAAGUUUGAUGAGCUUUUCAAGACGAAAACCCCAAACUUCUCGGCUGUGGGUAUCGACUUCAUCUUCAAAUUGAUGCAGAUGGAGCCCUCGAAACGCAUGUCCAUCGCUGAAGCUUGCAAGCAUGUUUGGACCUCAGCCAUGGUGAAGGCGUGGUUGGCAGAUACCGGGGUGCCACCCAUGAUGGCGCCCAAGGAGAUGCUGCCUGAAGAACUCAGAAAAAAACUGGAGGAAGAGAAGCGGGCCAAGACUAUGCUACCAGUGAGCAUGACCGACCGGGACUUCAAGGGAGGCUCCCUUUCAGCCAGCACGGGGGGCGUGCCAACCGCUGCGCUUCUACCGACGGUCUCUUCCCCCAUCAUGAGGCCUAUGACCCAUACCUUGCCAACUUGGUCAGCGGCUCCAAUUCAAGGUAUCAUCACCAAGCAGAUGGCGACGCCACACACACCCUUAAUGAGAGUUCGGAGUCCGUCUGGACGGUCGCCCCGUAGCUCUGCACCAGGUCCCAGCUUCGCAGAUUUGUCGCAGGCCAGCGAUCGGCGUAGCCGUGUCUUCCAGCCACAUCGAAGCACUCAAAGGACACAAUACACCGGUGGAUACGUGCUGGCCACGGCACAUUCGCCGGCGCCGGCGCGGGGCUCCUCGGGAGCCAUGUCGCCGCCGGCGGACAAGUUAUGCAUGGCAGCGAACUUCUACUGUCACGAGAGCAAUCGCAUCAGCUUUGUUUCCACGCCCAGGGCCAGCCAUCGUCGCACCGCUGCAGCACCGGCGCCCUUGCCGAUGGUUGACGCCGAGUCGCGGGGGAGACCCCUCUGGGCCUUUGGUCAGAAGGCUGCCGAGCAGGGUCCCUCGCGACGUUGGGGUAGCAAUGGCUCGGAGUACCAGGUGGGUUACGAGUACGAGGAUUGCGAUUUGGUACAGACGAUUCCCGGCGCUGCUGCGGACUGGAACGUGGUCCAUAAGCGCACCGUACACAUUUUGAGCGCCAAUUUGAUGGACAGCGACUUUUCCCUCCCAUCAGAUCUGGAGGAGUUGAUCGACGAUGAUCGAUCGCGACAUCGCUUCACAUCCAAAGCAGAACAAGCGAAACAAGAAUGUCCGUUGGGAUUCUUGUACCUGAAGCUGCUUCAUUUCUAUCGUGACCCCACCGUCUUGGACACCAGCAUGGCCAAAGUCAUCCAAUAUUUCUUGGGUAUGUAUCCUGCCUACGUCAUCGCUUUGUCACGCUGGCCGAUCUUUCCGGUUUUGGCCUAUUUCCGGAAUACCCAUCAAGGCGCCGCAGAUCAGAACAACGCGGUCGCGGCCAUGGCUUGUGAGGGGGUCAAAGGGGUCAUCGACUGGGACAAGUCACGGGAGUGGGGAAACCGGUGGACAGAGCUGACCUUUUCCAACAACAACAGCGAAGAAGACAAGACCGAGUUGUACAGCCUUCAGGAAGCGAUUGCGGAUCAGUUCUACGUGGUCCUGCGGAAGGCUCACCGGCAACAUCAAGCCUCUGAGGAGUGUCCUUUCGGCUUCUUCUACCUCUCCGCGACCCAGUUGGUGGCCGCUGCGGGAAAGGGAACCAACCAUAUGCCACCCUUCAGCAACGUGAUGAAUCAAGUGGUGAGGGACUUGCCCUUCAUCCAGGUGAGCAGUUCUCCUUGGCCCAUUUGGCAUGUGCUGGCAGUUUUCUCCGACAUGAAUAAAGGCGACUGGUUCUGGGGCGGCGACAGAAAGUAUUUUCGCGGCUUCAGCGAUUGGAACUUGCGACGAGAUGAGCUGAGCCCCUUGGUUUCGCCCAGCUUGGACUUUCUGAGCCCCGAUUGGCGCCGGGACGUGAUGUGGAAGGUGGAAGCAUUGAAGAAGAUGGAUCACCUGACUUACAUCCAGACCCUCAAAAGCUGGACGAAGACCAGAGAGGAGUCCUGGGGGCAACUGAGGCAGAUCGCAAUGAGCAUGAUCGAUGCCGCUUCUGCCCUCGCCGCCCGUGCGCACCAGCAACAGCUGACGACCCGAUUGGCCUACGUGGUCCUCCUCUACGGCGAUGGCUGGGCCCAGCUGCUGCAGCGCAUGCAGCGGCGGAUGGCGCAGCUGGCCUUGAGGCAUCCGCUGCUGGUCAUCGCCAUUGGCGCGGCGGCACCGGUGUGUCGCGCCCUGAGUGGCCAGGAUGUGAUUUGCUGGGUGCCAGACACCGCGUCGCAAGUGCAUCGCUUCACGGGGAUUCAAGGUUUGCUUCACCUUGGCAUUGACGUGAUCUAUUUGGAUAUGGAUACCUUCCUACUCCGUGACCCCACGGAGCGCUUUCAAGCAGCGGCAGAUGACUGGGACGCGCUCUUCGCACGUCAUGGGGACGGUGAUUGCAUCAACAUUGGCAUUUUCUACUUGAAGGCCUCUGGGAGGACAGCUGUGUGGAUGUCACAGUUCUUAACCUGGUAUCACGAUCAUCCCUUUGAAAUCGACCAGCGGGGCCUGCACAUUUUCCUGGCUUUGCCUGCCCAGGUGUUGCAAGUGGCCAGUGUGCCGGAGGAUUUGGUGCCUAUCCGCGGCUCCGUCUUGGAGGACUUAAACGAAGUGGUCAUCGGCGACAUUGGAUGGCUGGGAUCUCUGUCUCAGAUGUUGAUCUUUCACUGGUGCCACCGGCCUUUGGAACUGAAAGUUAAAGAGAUGAACCUGGCCUACGACGGUGCCGACGCGUUGGAAGAGCACGAGCUUCCCAUGUCUGUGGCGCUGUCCGUGGCCGCCGGCGCGGUGCCUGGGAGUCCAUGGGCCAAGGUGGUGGCCGUGCGGUACAUGUUCGACACCUAUCAGUUGAAAGAAGCACCACCCCGCAAAGUCUGCUGGUGA